GAAACCAAACCCCCUUCCCCUCCCCCCCUCCCCUCUCUCUCUCUCUUUCUCCUAGCUCGUAGCGUAUCGCAGCUUCGAAGGCCAUCGCCCUCCUGCCUCUGGAACCCUAACCCUAGCCGGGAGAACUAACGAAAUCCUAGCCCUAGAUUGAAGGAACCCCGAUUCGAUCGCCAUUCACGGAGAGAUCUCCGCCCAUCCGAAGUUGACAUCCUAGGGGUGGACUUGAGCAGGGAAGUAUCUGCUAGCAGGACAUCACCUGUCAUAUAAUGCAUCCAUAAUUUGUGGAAAAUUUGUGUUUAUAAGGUUUGUUUGGUGGAGGCUGGACUCUCUAUGCCUGGGAAUGAAUUUACUGAAGAGGUCCACUACUUUGUUAAGGAAGACAACGCAUCCCAGCAUCAUCCAUCUGAAAUUGGAAAUGGAAGUUGGCCGAAUUUCAAUAGUAAUUCACGGGCUGGAAUUCAAAGCCAGAGUGUAAUACCUCUGAAUGUUAAUUCAAGAAAUUCCACUGUUCAGUCUAUAGAUUCUGAUAGGGCAAAUAUCAGGCUAACUUCUCAAUUGUCUUUUGGUGUGAAUAUCACUCAGAUAAAUCCAAUUCCAGAUUUUGGUAACAGUCAACCUGGAAACCAACAGUUAGAUUUGAAAGGAUUUAUGCAUGGUUCUCAAGAUAUUCAAACAAGGCCCAACCAGGCAGAGUUUGUAGAGGAUAAUUCUUUUUCUGAUAGGCACAAUACUGCAUUUAGAGGCGUAGCUACUUUUAGUGCACAGCAGGGUAAUGCUCCUCUACACAGUUCGGGUCUUAUAAGAAAUUCAGAAACACCAGAGGUUGCCCAGGCUCCUGUUAAUUUUGACUUUUGUAAUAGUCAACAGCAGCUCAUUAGGAGCCGCCACCUUGGAACAUCACAACCUCAUCUAAGGCAGCAGCUGGGUUUUAACAACAUGCAGUUAUGGCAACAGCAAUUGAUGUACAAGCAGCUACAAGAGCUUCAGAGACAGCAGCAACUUCAGCAGCUGGAUCAAGGGGAAAGGCAGCAGAAUCCACUUAGCCAGUUAUCUGCUGCUGCGAAGCCAGCAGCGACCAAUCAAUUUCCGGCUCUUGCUAACGAAAUGCCCGUCAAUGAUGCAUCUAACUAUGUGUGGUCAAAUAACUUUGUGGGAGGUGAGUCCAAAAUGCCUAGCAAUUCUCAGAUGUUUGUUGCUGGUAACAUGAACUGGAUACAACCCAGUGGCUCUCCUGCCAUGCAAAAUUUGACAAAUGGUAGGAUGUUUCCAAAUGACCAAGGCCAAGCAAUGCAGACCAUGGGGUUUGUUCCACAGAAGCUUGACCAGUCUCUGUAUGGUAUGCCAGUCUCCAGCAGCAGAGCACAGAUGAAUCAAUAUUCUCAGUUCCAAGGGAUGCCUAGUGAUAGCACUGAUGUGAUGACUAAGGCAGGUGGGAUCCAAGCAGAAAAGGUGUCAAUUCAUUCAGAUCCGCUUAAUUCUUUUCAAAGUAGUCGGGGUAUUCCUGAACAAGCUUGUUUGCAGGAUAAUAUUUCAAUUUCUACACACAGCUUUCAGGAAAAACGUUUGUUUGGGAAUGCUUCAGUGCAGAGGGUAAGUAGUGGUGCUGCAUCAGGCAAUCUUCAGCAAAUGAAUCAUUUGCAGCGCGGUGUUCAGCUUCAGAAUUUUCAAGGUACUCAGGAGCAAGCUGAUUUGUCUGGUAACUUGCAGGAAAAACCAGCACAAGUAGGACUUUCUUCUGAUGAGGCUAGUCUAGAUCCAACAGAACAGAAGCUCUUAUUUGGUACUGAUGAUGAUGACAACUGGGGAUUUUCUUUUGGAAGGAAUGUUAACUCUUGCACGGGAGGCUAUCUGCAUGGAAAUUCUUCGGACAAUGAUUAUAUUGGUGCAUUUUCAUCUGUCCAGAGUGGCAGUUGGAGUGCCCUUAUGCAGGAGGCUGUCCAAGUUUCCAGUAGUGAGAAGGGACUUCAGGAAGAAUGGAGUGGCUUGAGUUUCCACAAAACAGAAUCCUCUACUAGAAACCAUUCAACCGUAUCUAAUGACAAUGGGAAGCCGCAAGUAACAUGGGAUGACAAUAACCUGCAGAGUGCACCUUAUUUAUCUUCAAGACCUUUGCCUUUGUUUAACAAUGCUGAUGCAAGCACAAGCCAUUCUACUGCCCCUGGUUUUCAGCAUUCAUUUACAUCAGCAUAUGAACAAAAUGACAGGGGUACCAGCUGA